UAAAAUAUUUGUUCAAACUUCAAUGGCACAGACUACAUACAUAUAUUGUUUGGAACUUGGUGGUGAUUCCAUAAACUAUAACUUCAGUUAUAUUAAGCAUCUUAGAUCUGAUCGAAACCAGCUUCUUGUGUCAAAGAUUCAAAAAGAAAAAAAGGAAUCAAACACUCCCUCUUCAAACAAGAGCAUCAGUUUUUUUAAAAACAAACACCAGUUUCUUGAUUACAAAAAAACUCCCACUGCUUGCAUUACUUGUGCCCAGCUGCAACUGGAAACUCCAACUCGAAGAUCCUAGUACGACUAUAUUGACUUUGUACCAGAUUAAAUUGAAGUUUUUUUUUGGGCAUCAUCAUUAUCCCUUCUCAUUUAUCAUCUCUUAAUUCCCAGGUACUGAGUCCUAGACAGUGACAUGGAUGAUCAAUACUCACCUACAACAGUUCAACGAAACAAAAAGGGUGGAACGCCUUCAAGAAAUGGCAAGAACCACCGGCUCGCGGUGGUUGACGACGACGACGAUGGUGGAGAUCCGAUCGAGUGCAGUGGGAAGUCCUGCAAAGCAUGCACUGGUGGCUUAAUCGCAGAUUGCGUAGCGGUGUGUUGCUGCCCUUGUGCUGUAGUAAACAUUUUAGCACUUGCAUUUCUCAAGGUUCCUUGGAUGGUGGGAAGAAAAUGCUUACGAAUGGCGAAAAAGAAGAAGUUGGAGAAGAAGAAGAGGAAAGACGACAAGACUAAUUAUUGUUACAGUACUGACCCCGUGGAUAGUAUAGAAGAAGGAGAAGUAGGGAUAUCGGGAAUUGUGACUUCCAGUUUUGGGGAAGAAGAGGUAAAAGACAGUUUUCGUGCAAGAAUCGAUGCAGAAGAAGUUUGGUUAGAGUUGUAUCAAGUUGGCCAUAUGGGUUUUGGUAGAGUUUCUUUCACCGGAAUUAAUUAAUUCUUCUUUAAGGUAAGCACAACUAGGUCUGAUAGUUGUAUUAUUUUGCCAGUGACAAUCCAAAUCUUGAAACUAUUCUGGUUCAACCUUAAGAACAAACUGCUUCUGUUUUCUUCUUCUUCGGCGUCGGAAAUCUACCGACUUGAUUAAUUUGGAUUUGUGCCAUAGAAAGCUUAUCAUGGAGGGUUUUAGUACUUCCUAUCGAACAAAAAUAUUCUAUUCUCAGAACUCGAACUCGAGACAUCCAAUCAAAGGUGAAGGAGCCUUUAUCAUUCCAUCAUACUCUAUGGUGGUAGAGCAAGAUACAUUUUAAAAUACAACCUUUACCAUUUAACCUUGAGGACGGAUCAAUAUUGCUUAACCAUGAAUACAACAACAACUACUGUGCUUACUUUCAAGUCAAAACCAUGAAUUUUGAAGGGAUCGGAUUUUGAAGAUGAAUUUACUAGUACUAGUUUAGUAUGUUAGUAGUUAAUAUUCUCUUUCAAUGCCAUGUAUCCAAAACAUCACAUUAUUUCUUCUUUGUGAAGUGUACAGUUAAUCUGGUAAUGUUUCUUGGAAUAAACGUUGCUCAUUUUGAAGGAAAA